AUGCCUAGGAUGAUGAUGCUUUCACUUGUUGUUCUCCUGGUUUUUCAUGUUUCUGCUUCAUGGGUAGCCUCAGCUUCUGUCUAUGACAACUUCCUUCAAUGCCUAAACACCAACACAAUCAUCAACCCAAUUGUCCAACAUAAUCUAUGCCGAAAACAACCCUUCAUACUCAUCUGUUCUAAGAGCCUACAUCAGAAACUCAAGCUGAGAAUCCGAAGCGGCGGGCACGAUUAUGAGGGCCUUUCUUACUGGUCUGAUCAGACCUUUAUUGUCCUUGAUAUGUUCAACCUCAGGACUGUGACUGUAGACAUUGAGGACAGUUCGGUUUGGGUUCAGGCUGGAGCCACUCUUGGAGAAUUGUACUAUAGGAUUUCAGAGAAGAGCAAAGUUCAUGGCUUUCCUGCUGGUGUUUGUCCCACAGUUGGUAUUGGUGGGCACAUAAGUGGUGGUGGCUAUGGAAACAUGUUGAGGAAGUUUGGCCUUGCUGUUGACAAUGUCCUUGAUGCUCAGAUUGUUGAUGCUAAGGGGAGACUUCUUGACAGACAAGCCAUGGGAGAAGACCUGUUUUGGGCCAUUUAA